CACCGGUCCCAAGACUGAGCCUCGGGGCACACUACUCGUGACCGGCCUGCACCCUGACAUAGAACUAUUGAUCACAACCGUUUGGCUGCAACCAGCCAACCAGUUCUUUAUCCACCCAACAGUCCAUCCUUCAAAUCCAUACCUCUCCAAUUUGGAGAGAAGGAUGUGGACACUAGUGCAGAAGUUAUCCACGAAUGUGAAACACGCGCUGCAAUUAAGCAAGGGAGGCGCUGCAUGGGUAGCUGUGGGAGCUCAGCAUGAUCUAAGUGCUAUGGAAUAAGCAUUGGACAUUGUCUUGGUGUCGGCUGGACAGUGUUGAUUUUCGACACGGCUACGGUGCGGCGGGCCGGGAGCGGGGUGCAGGGGAGCAGCGGUUGGUGUGGGGCUGCGGGCCGUGCAGAGCCGUGCAGAGCCGUGCAGAGCCGUGCAGAGCUCGGGCUGCCUCGCAGCGCCAGAAGAGGGCAUUGCACAGCGCACCGCGGUGUGGUGGAAUGAACAGCUGCGCUUGGAACCAGGAACGGGUUUGCCAGCAGUUCCUGUGGAGCGUGGGUGUGCGACUCCUGGCCUGCCUGGACCAGAGUGAGCGAAGAGGAAUUGUCUGGUGCCGCGUACGCGAUCUAGAAUAGAGUUAACAACAAAACUUCUGCUAGACUUAGAUGUAUUUUUGUUACAACCUAAAAAAGAGGGCAACCAAAUCGUAAAGCUGGUGGUUGGAUGCCUAUGCUACAGAGGCAAAGGAAAACCAGGAGGGGCACGGACUUGUUGGAGCUGACAAUUCCCAUGAGUUCUUUACAGGCCUAUGAUGAGAAACGAUGGUCUGAUGAGUCUGGAGAAGAUGUGGGCCAAAAGAAAGAGCCCUCCAAAUGGUCCCAACGGCUGACAUAGGGAUUCCCAUCUACUGUCGUUCAUGGUGACAUGCACUGGAAGGGGAGGCUCUGCCUUCGUAUGCUGGGCAGCUCCUGCUGGAUCUGGGAUCGCGCUGGUAUGGAAAGAACUCCAUCCCCACAGGAGUCACCUGGCCUACUGCACAUGUCCUCAUUCCCAGUAACAGAGCUGUCAUACAGAGCCGUGCAAACCUGUACUGGUCGGUACUGCUGCCUUCUAGCAGUUUUCCACCACGGUUUGUUUCUUCUGUAGCCUGUGGCUUCACAUUCAGCUCAUACUGGAAACACUGUCAGCCAUUAAUUUGCUUGCAUGGAACCCCACGUCCUUUGCUGAUAAUUAACAGUACAACCCCAGUUGUCUUCCACUGGGUCACAAGGCCGAAAAGGCUUGGAGGGCGCGGUUCCAGGCCAGCACAGCAUGUCACAGCACAGAUGACAUCACCCGGAGCCUGUGUGCUGUCACAGUGCAUUCCCAUGACGACGCCGGGCCCUCCCCAAGGACAGCUGGCCGCUGGCUCCAGGCCCCUCAUUUGUGAGCUGCGCUGCCCGCAGUCGCUCGCCGUGCCCUGUGCUCGAGAGCAGCCCCAGCAGCACACAAGCUCAGCCUCAUUGCGCUACUCCUCCAAGGCUCAGAGAGGCUUUGGAGAAACCGACCAGCAUGGACGGAGCCUGGGUGGGGACCUGGAGACCUCACCGCCCACGCGGCCUCAUCUCGGCCCAGUUCCCCAGCCCCGGGCCGCAGUACGCCAUCCCGGCGACAACAGGUUACGCGGGCCACAGCCCCACCAAAGCCCGCGCCCCUGCGUACACGUUCAGAGGGACCAAACCGCCUGCGGCAGAGAGCUGCGGGCCAGGUCCCUGCUACUUUGUGGAGCCCGCCAUGACCAGGAAUGGGAAGUACGUGGCUCCAUGCGCCCACCUCCGGGGACGACCCAAGACAGAGACCACCGUCACCCCCGGACCAAGUGACUACCGCACCGAGGCAGCCAACAGGCACGUCUUCAAGUGCCCACCGGUGCAGUCCAUGGCCUUCCGGCGGCAGCCCUUCCAAACCGACCGCACGCCAGGACCCGGCACCUACACGCUGCCCAGGCUGAUGGGGCCCAACACAGCCUACACAUCGGCCAGCCCCUGCUACUCCAUGAGAGGGAGGAGCCAGCGCGGACGCUUUGACGAGGACCUUGCCAAGACUCCGGGUCCUGCGGCGUUACCCAAGUUGCUGUGGAUGCCUACAAAACCAGGGCGCCCGCGUACACCAUGGGAGCCCGACCGAAACCUGGAGGGGCCAAAUCAGCGAAGCCCGGGCCGGCAGACUACAGCGUAG